CUUUAGCAGUAGAGGCUUUAUGAGCAUCUGGAAAUCCUGUGGUGCUGGUCACUGUUGGUCCUUGUGUGGAGUCCUGCAAGGUGUCCCCUGGAGUGUGUCACAUCCUGGGAGCUUGAAAGGAACCCGGAGUGCAGGGCUGAGGCUGCUGUCUACACUUCAGGAGGCCACUUGCCGAUAGCUACUGUAUGUCUCUUGCCUGCCUCUCCUGCUCCAGGAACACCUCACUCUAGGAGGCCGAAGAUGCCAUAUUCCAGUCUGCAUCCAUCCAUUCCACGUCCCAGAGGUAACCGGUCUAAGCAGGCAGCCUUGGUCUUGCUGGUAGCCAGCCUGGUGAUCCUUUGGGGGCUCGGUGACUCACCGAAUCACAUUCUCCAGUACCUGGUACUCCACCUGGCCUCCCUGCAGCUUGGACGACUGUUGAAAGAGGCCUGCUGUCUGACUGAAGAGCUGCGCCAUGUCCACUCCAGGUAUCAGAGCAACUACUGGAAGGCUGUGCACUCUUGUCUGGGCUGCCCCAUCCGCCGUACGGCCCUGCUGCUGCUGUCCUUCUAUUUCUACUGCCUCCUCCCAAAUACUGCUGGCCUGAGUCACAGUCGGAUGCUCGCUUUCCUGGCCCUCUCACAGUCCAUCAGCAUCCUUCUGGGCCUCCAGAGCCUCGCCCCAGCGGAAAUUUCUGCCAUCUGUGAAAAAAGAAACUUCAAUGUUGCCCAUGGGCUGGCCUGGUCAUACUACAUUGGGUACCUGCGGCUCAUCUUGCCAGGGCUCCAGGCCAGGAUCCAAAUGUUCAAUCAGCAACACAACAACAUGCUACGGGGGGCAGGGAGUCGAAGGCUGUAUAUUCUCUUCCCAUUGGACUGUGGGGUGCCCGAUGACCUGAGUGUGGCUGACCCCAAUAUUCGCUUCCAAGAUAAACUGCCCCAGCAAAGCAUAGACCGUGCUGGCAUCAAGAAUCGGAUUUAUUCCAACAGUGUCUAUGAGCUUCUAGAGAAUGGGCAGCCAGCAGGCGCCUGUAUCCUGGAGUACGCCACUCCCUUGCAGACCUUGUUUGCCAUGUCACAGGACGGGAAAGCUGGCUUUAGUCGGGAAGAUCGGCUUGAGCAGGCCAAACUCUUCUGCCGGAUACUUGAAGACAUCCUGGCUGAUGUCCCUGAAUCUAAAAACAACUGCCGCCUCAUUGUCUACAAAGAGCCUCAGGAGGGAGACAGCUUCUCCCUGUCUCAGGAGGUUCUCCGGCACAUUUGUCAGGAAGAGCGGGAGGAAGUGACCAUGAAUGACCUCCAGACCUCAGUGGUGUCCCAUUCUCACUCCUCUGUGCUGUCCCAAGAGCCGAGACUCCUCAUCAGUGACAUGGAGCAGCCGCUCCCACUCCGCACAGACCUCUUCUGAGGCAAGGGGCAGCCUUGCCUGAGCUGCUGGUGAUCCUUCAGCAUCCUAACUGGGGUUCCCCUCAGUGACUGACUGAGGGGGUGACUCACAGAGAUCUCACAUCUCCUGACGACUCCCACAUUCCUGGGUGAGCCAUUGUAUGUCUCUGAGCCUCAGCCUACUCCCCUAUGGAAUGGGAUCAUAGGGUUCUUGUGAGGACUAACCAUGUAGAAACUUGGUGUCAAUUGCCAGGUAAAACUAAGAUAUAGGUCAAGUAUUUGCUACCAUGGAUGCUCCAGCAUUCUCUGGUCCUUGUCAUCCUGUCUGGAUGGGACCAGCAGACCAGCUUCUGGUCAUGUGUGUUCAAUGGGAGCUUCAGCAGAUGAAUGGAGGGAGGGAGGAAGGCACAUUAGGAACAUGCGUUCUGUUAGCUGUAUGUAGUCACAGUGAGUUGUCCUGCCAGGCCACCUUUUCAGUAAACAUAUCUAUUCUCAUGGUUUUAGAGGAGCCUCUUCCCCUUGCCCCUAGCACUAGUAUUUGUGUGACACUGAAGAACUUACUCUCUGUGGUCUCUUUACAUCAUGUCCCUUGUGCAUGGUCCUCUUAAAGACACUGCUCAGAUUACACCAUCUUCCUGCGGCUAGGCUGUGAUGGCUAUAUGGACCUGGCAUGCAUCAUCCCUGUCGUCCGUGUCUGGCUGCAUAUACAACACACUUCCUGCACUCCUCCUCAUCCUGCUACAGGGGAGCAGGAGAUAGUUGUCAUUUCAACCCAGAUGGAGCCCUCCAGGCACACGAGGGCACACCCCACCUUUGCUUUCAGUGUCUUACCCGUUCCACCCAGGCUUUACGUGAGGCCUCCCUCCACGUUCGUUUCCUUCACCCGGGCUCAGGGUGCCACUUUAUAUUUCUUUCUCUUUGUUUUAUGUGUAUGUGUUUUCUCCAAAACCAAGAAUCAGAGUUGUGGGCUUGUUCACACAGGCAAACCCUCUACCACUGAGUUAUGCCCUCAGCCCUCAUAUAUUUCUGAAAUGUCACUUUGGAGAAGUCAUACAUAUGCACGCACACACACACACACACACACACACACACACACGUCAGAGGAAACCAGUCACUCUAGGGAUAGCAGAGCCAGGGGAAUCCACUGGGGGGUAAUCCCUUCUCUUCCUGACCGUCACAGUCAUCUUGCCCCCAACACUGCAGAGCCUGUAUCAUAGCCAAUGUUCCUUCUCCAGAAACCAGCCCAGAAUCAAGGGCCUCCCCAGCUUGACUGUGUUCAAUUUACCAGUCCCCAGGAUGGUUUCUUGAGCUGGUAAAGCUCAAGUUCAAAUCCUGACAUCAUUGCUUGGUACCUGUGUGUUCACCAUGGUGGGUUUUUUUAAGACAGAGUUUCUCUGUGUAGCCCAGGCUGGCCUUGAACUCACUGUAUAUGAUCAAUUGGUCUUGAAUUCAGAGAUGCAUCUGCCUCUGACUCCUGAGUACUGGGAUUAAAGGCAUGCACCACCACAACUAACCCCUCUCCCUUUUCUUAAUAAACAGGGUGUCAUGUAGUCUAGGCUGGCCCUCAAACUUGCUGUGCCAUUGAGAAUGAUCCUAAACUUCUAAUCCUCCUGUCUCCAUCUCUCAAGUACGAGGAUUAA